CACGGCGCCGCUCCGAAAGCGAAGGAUGCGAGUCUUCGUAUCGCUGAAACAGCGGCUCAAGCCGCUGUAGAUGCCGACUUCUCGGUUGUCCAGAUGAAUAGCAAGUCUACGAAGAAGUUGAACAUCUUGAUCGUGGUAGAGCACAUGCUGUCAAUGAUGAGCGUCAAGAGCACUGCUCCGGCAAUCG